AACACCAAAACACACACUACACUAGUACACUAUUCACAGGCACACCCGCUUGUGCCUUGAGUCUUCCACCAACAACAUCCACUACCGUUGUUGACUCUCUGUCACAAACCCUAAUUCAACCAUGUCUUCUUCCACUUUCACUACCGUCCCGCCCUCCUUCUUCUCCUUUGCUCGCUCUCAAUCCUUCCCUCCCCCUAACCUCCCUUUCCACAUCCCCAUUCGCCGUUCCUUCCCUCGAUUCACCGUCUCCGCCCAGUCCUCCACUUCCAAUUCCACUGCCGUCACCAAUCCCAUUCUUCGCAACCUCAAAACCCUAGCCGGUGCCGCCGUAUUCGCCGCCGCAAUCGCCGUCAAAUUCUCCGCUCUCCCCGCCCGCGCCGAACUACCUCCCACCACCGUCACCUCCGCGGAGCCGUCCCCUCAGAUCCUCGAAGAAUCCACUACCGAAAACGCCGCCGCCGAAGCAGCUGCAACAACAGCAGCAGCAUCUUCCUCUUCUUCGUCUUCUUCCCCUCUGUCUGAGUUCCUCGGAACCAACGACGAAGCUGUCAGUGCGCUCAAGUCGCUGCUGCAGCAGAAGCUCGAAGUAGGCGAGGACGAGGAGGCGCUCUCCAUUCUCAAACGGUUAUGCACCGCGCAGCCCGAGGUAACAGACUGGAAGUUCCUCACGGCAAGGCUAAUGAGCGAAAUAGGCGAAAUUGAGAACGCACGCAAGGUGUAUGAAGAAAUUCUCGCUUCGAAUCCGCUCUCGUUCGAGGCUCUAUUCGAGAAUGCGUUGUUAAUGGAUCGGAGCGGAGAAGGAGAAGCGGUGAUGAAGAGGCUGGAGGAGGCUCUUGCGGUAGCAAAGGAGAAGAACAAGGCGAAGGAAGCGAGGGACGUGAGACUAAUCAUGGCGCAGAUCCAGUUCCUUCAGAAGAAUGUUGAUGAAGCUUUGGGGAUUUAUCAGCAAUUGACCAAAGAGGACCCUUCUGAUUUCCGGCCUUACUUUUGCAGAGGAAUGAUUUAUAGUUUGCUUGAUCGGAAUGACGAGGCGAAGGAACAAUUCGCCAAGUAUCGAGAAUUGUCGCCAAAGAAGUUUGAGGUUGAUGGGUACUUGAGGACUCCUUUGUCAAGGAUGAAAUUGUUUGGUUCCGACGAAAGCUAAAAGAAAGUAACAAUUUUUUUUGGAAAGAAGUUGAGUUUCUUUUGGAUAAUUAGAAUAAUAAUAAUAAUAAAGAUGGGUGGCUGGAUACACCCAGACACAAGAAUUUGGAGUCUGAUUUUCUCCUGUGUGAGGUGAGUGUUAGUCUCAUCUGCAUGAUUCCAAGUUAAAUUCUUUCACGUUUUAAGAACUAUAGAGACUGUACUAAUAAUGUGACAAACAAUUGAGUUCCAUUGAACUCUGAUACACUUUUUUAGAAGCUCGGCACCUGUAACAAAUAGUGUUUAUGUUUCCACUUUACAGUGUUUUAUUUUCCACUUUAAUCCAUAAUGUUUCCUAAA